AUGGAUUAUCUAGCUACACAAGUACUGAUCUUUUCCUGGUUAAUUUUCCCUUUUUACGGCGCUGAAAGAAUGAAACAUAGAGGGUUACGUCAGAAGGAUGCUGAAUACGUAGACAAAUACAAUAGUUGCCUGCAGGGUCCGCCUGGUAUCCCAGGCAGGGAAGGGAGUCCAGGAGUGAAUGGUAUUCCUGGUACUCCGGGUAUUCCAGGGCGGGACGGCGUGAAAGGAGAGAAGGGAGAGUGUGUGAGUGAGAUCUUUGAGGAGCCUUGGAGACCAAACUACAAACAGUGUGCUUGGAACUCCCUCAACUAUGGAAUAGACCUGGGCAAAAUCACAGAAUGCACGUUUACUAAGCUCCGCUCUGACAGCGCCUUGCGUGUGCUGUUCAGCGGCUCUCUCAGACUCAAGUGUAAGACAGCCUGUUGUCAACGUUGGUACUUCACCUUUAACGGAGCAGAGUGCUCCGGGCCGCUGCCCAUUGAAUCCAUCAUCUACCUGGACCAGGGCAGUCCCGAAUUCAACUCAACUAUCAACAUACACAGAACCACUGCCGUCGAGGGACUCUGCGAGGGGGUCCGUGCCGGUUUAGUGGACGUCGCCAUAUGGGUCGGCACCUGCGGUGACUAUCCCCGCGGCGACGCGUCUACAGGUUGGAAUUCCGUCUCCAGGGUGAUUAUCGAGGAGCUUCCCAAAUGA